CAGCGCAGACCACGACGCACACACACAAACAACGAGCAAGCGGCGACAACUACACAAUUCUACAUUUUUGCCAGCGUUUAAGAUUCAAUUUCCCGGGAAAAUAGCAUGAAUUACUGAAACAACCGGACUCGAAAACGAAAUGCAGCUAAUCAAGUGCUUGGUGGUGGUCCAGCUGGCCCUCUUGCUGGUGGAGGAGGCCUUCGCCGGGCGGGACUUCUACAAGAUACUGAACAUCAAGAAAAACGCCAACACGAACGAGGUAAAAAAGGCCUAUCGGCGCUUGGCCAAGGAACUUCACCCCGACAAGAACAAGGACGACCCAGAUGCCUCCACCAAAUUCCAGGACCUGGGUGCCGCCUACGAAGUUCUCUCCAAUCCGGACAAGCGGAAAACCUACGACCGCUGCGGAGAGGAGUGCCUGAAGAAGGAGGGCAUGAUGGACCACGGCGGCGAUCCCUUCUCCAGCUUCUUCGGGGACUUCGGCUUCCACUUCGGCAACGGGGACCCGCAGCAGCAGGACACACCAAGGGGGGCGGACAUCGUGAUGAACCUGUAUGCUUCCCUCGAGGAGCUCUACUCCGGCAACUUUGUGGAGAUUGUGCGGAACAAGCCCGUGAUGAAGCCCGCCUCGGGCACGAGGAAGUGCAACUGCCGGCAGGAGAUGGUCACGCGGAACCUGGGACCCGGUCGCUUCCAGAUGAUACAGCAAACCGUGUGCGACGAGUGCCCGAAUGUGAAGCUCGUGAACGAGGAGCGCACCCUCGAAAUCGAGGUGGAGCAGGGCAUGGUCGACGGCCAGGAGACGAGGUUCGUGGCCGAGGGAGAGCCCCACAUCGACGGCGAGCCAGGAGACCUCAUCGUGAGGGUCCAGCAGAUGCCGCACCCACGAUUCCUGCGGAAGGACGACGAUCUGUACACCAAUGUGACCAUCAGCUUGCAGGACGCUCUCGUCGGCUUCUCCAUGGAGAUAAAGCACCUGGACGGGCACCUGGUGCCUGUCACGAGGGAGAAGGUCACGUGGCCGGGGGCCAGGAUCCGCAAGAAGGGCGAGGGCAUGCCCAACUUCGAGAACAACAACCUCACCGGCAACCUGUACAUCACCUUCGACGUGGAGUUCCCCAAAAAGGAUCUCACGGAAGAGGAUAAGGAAGCGCUCAAGAAAAUACUCGACCAAUCCUCCAUCAAUCGCGUCUACAAUGGACUGUGAAUCCUCAUCGCCCAUUCUCAAGAAAGCGCUCGCCGGCUGUACACUAGUAUUUAAAUGCCUAGCUGGGCGUUUUCGGCCUGGAAACGCCCCCAAUUCAAGAGAUGACUUUGUUCAAGAAAGUUGUGCGAUAAAAACAAUUUAAUUUUAGUUUAGAAUUUUGUAAAAUAGUAAAAGAUGAUGAGCGGAAAAAAGAAAACCUACAGGCAGUUCCUGCCGACAAAAAGGAAUUGCAACACAAAAACCAACCACUACAAAAUAAAACGGAUUUAAAUUAUGAA